GCGUUUCGACUGCGCCUUCAACCUGCAAGCCUUGGUUAAUUUUAUAUUUAAUCUCCACUUAAUCUCCAUUCUAUCACAUUAAUCAAAUUAGAGCAUAACUUAUAUUCCAUGAGGAAACUGAAAUACUUUCUUCUGUGAUCUCACGAUCUUUGUUUUCGUUUUUGUUUUUAUUUUUUCGAAUUUUUGUUGAUUUAUCCGUACGAGUAAAAUCUGAUGAUCUCAAGUGCCGUUGAUUAAGUUUAGAGGUAGAAGCUGUGAACAACAUUUUUUGGGAUUUAAUAUCAAGACUAAGGAUUGAUUAUAUUUUAUUUCCGUUAAGUGAACCCGCGUGAAGCUAGAAAGUUUUAUAUAUUGCAAAUGAUUAAGCAUGAACAAGAUUCUGAUGUUGUUCAGUGGGGACUGCAGUUGUUUGAAAGCAAUCCCUAUUCUAAUUUGAUGUAUUGUGACACUGCUAGACAAGAUGAUGUUGAUUAUCAUGCUGAGCAGCUUUUCAAGGAAGGCUAUUAUGAUACAGAAUAUUGCACUGUAGAGCAUGAUGAGCUUAUUGCACAUGCUCUUCAAGAAGAACUAUCACAACUCUCAGUUGCAGAAGCUCCCGAAUCUCCACAUGAAGAGGAUGAACAUUUGCAAGUUUCUUCUUUCCAACCAGAUUGGCAUGGUCAAUCUACCGAGAAUUAUGGUUCUGGGCAGGAAGGUGGUCAGGAAGAGGCAGAUGAUGUGGGACCUUCUAGUUCAUGCUCUAGCCCUCGAGAAAAUUCUUACUCUGUGGAAGACUGGUCAUAUUCACGGGAGCUAGCAGAGGAGUGUGAUUUUGAUGGUGAAGUGGGAAAAUGGUUGAAUGAAAUGGUCCCUAUUCCUCAUGUUCCUAGAAUCAAUGGAGAAAUACCCUCAGUUGAUGAAGCAACUUUAGAUCAUCAAAGGCUAUUAGACAGAUUGCAGGUAUAUGAUUUAUUUGAGCGUAAAGUUCAAGGAGAUGGUAACUGUCAGUUCCGCGCUUUGUCAGAUCAAUUUUAUCUAACUCCUGAGCACCAUGAAUUUGUGAGACAAGAAGUUGUAAAACAGCUUAAGUCUAAUCCGGAGACAUAUGAGAGUUACGUUCCCAUGGCUUAUGGUGACUAUUUGGAAAAGAUGUCCAGGAGCGGUGAAUGGGGUGAUCAUGUCACUUUGCAGGCCGCUGCAGAUUCGUAUGGCGUCAAAAUAAUUGUCAUAACAUCUUUCAAGGAUACUUGCUGCAUUGAGAUCCUUCCAAACGUUCAACGAUCAAAAAGAGUAAUUCUUUUAAGCUUCUGGGCAGAGGUGCACUACAACUCAAUAUUUGCACAGGGAGAUUGGCCUACAUAUGAGACCAAGAAGAAGAAGAAGUGGCGGAUGUUUUGGAACAAGCAUUUGGAAUCACUAGAUAAUACCAAUGACUGUUAUUAUAGAGUUUAGCUCGCUAAAUUCUGCAAUAUCAGCUUUUGGCAGUAGAAGCUUUCUCAUGCCAAUUUUCUGCCAGAUUUAACAGCAAUUUUAAGGACACCACACGAGGGGAGCUACAUUGAUCCUCUAGCAAUGCUUUGCCUUCUUUGAUCAUCUCCUUAUUGAUGCAACCCUAAUCCACAUCAAAUAAAUUUUGUCAAAUGUGCAACAUUCCUUGCAACCUGUUACUCAUGCCUAUUCACUAUUAUCUACUCUUGUUUCUUUCUGAAUGUUCUUAAAUUGUGCAUGCUAGUUUUUGCAGUUGCAUGCUUCAUAGAAGCAUAUUUAUAUUUACUGAAGAAAUUAUUGAUUACCAAUGGCAAAUUUCUUCAGAGUUUUGGAAUA